GGUCCAGCCUCACGCUGCCGUAAACGGCCACUGCCCAGUGCCACGGAGGCAGCCGCCUGGUCACGUCAGCGACACAACGGCCGACUGGCCAAGACCGCGUCCUGUGCCACGCUGGUAUCGGCAGAGGAUCACAACUCAGUCGCUCGCAAAGGAGGUCGACGCCUGCGCCGCGUCAAAACCACUCGGAGCGACGUCUUACGCCACGCCGGGUGGACGUCCGACACUACUGGUGACGGAAGCCACCGCAAUGGCUCGCAGCGAGGCGUCCCUCCGGUCCGACCCGCAAUUCGGCAUGGACUCCCGCUGGAGCUGGGUGACGGCGGCCUUCCUCAGCUGGCUGCUGUGCGCCGCCAUGAUGGCGCAGCAGUCGGCAGGAGUGCUCUUCUUCGGCAUCGUGGACACCUUCGGCGUCAGCAGGGAGGAGGCGUCCUGGCCGCUCGUGCUCAGCGCCAGCGUCAUUAGCCUCACAGGCCCCGUGGUUGGAUACCUGUGCCGUCGUUUCUCAUGCCGGCCGGUGCUGCUGUUCUUUUCGCUCGCCUCCGGCACCUCAGUCUGCGUCUGCUUCUUUGCCAACAGCGUCCUCUUCCUCACAGUCGUCCUGGGAUUCGUGCACGGAGCUGCGGUGUCGGGCGUGUUCGUCGGCGUCCAAGUGCUGGUGUCGCAGCACUUCGAGAAGCGGCGUGCCACCGCGUGCAGCCUCAUGUUCACCGUGUGCGGGCUCAACAUGUUCUUCGCCGCGCCGCUCGUGGACCUGUUUCGCGUCACCUACGGCAUCAGAGGCGCCUUCCUGCUGCUCGGCGGCCUCAUCCUGAACGCCUGCCCGGCCGCCAUUGUCGUGCGAAACCCCACCUGGAUGCAGGUCAAGGACACUCCAUCCACCAGCCAGAAGGACGAUACUUUCUCCUCGAAUAAUAAGAUGUCGGUUGAAGCGCCCCUUCUGACUUUAUAUUCCGAAAAACAAGAACGUGAUUCCGAGGAGACGAAAGCCGUCCUCGAAAGUAAAACCGAGGUACCGGUGCCCAAGGUGCCCGUGGGCCCUAAUUAUGCGAGGAAUCUCAGGAAUUUUUGCUCGAUCCUCCGAUCCACGACCGCGGUGAAAGAAGCGGACGAGGGGAUCUUCCAGGACUUGACUGCCAACGCGAGGCGGUUUGCGACGCCUCGAUUUGCUCUGGACGCGCUCUCCUUCUCCAUAAUAAUCUUCGGACUGACAACGUUUUUCUUGUUGUACGUGGACAUCGCCACCGACCGAGGUGUAAUCCCAUCUCGAGCGGCGUUCCUCGUGUACGCCUUUGCGGCCGGCGACCUCGUCUGCAGGGCGCUGAGUGGCGUCAUCAUCGACUCGGGGCUGUUGACGCUGGACUCUGUGAUGCUCUUCGGGUACGUUCUUCAAGCAGCUGGCUUCGAGCUGUUCGUCUGGCUCAGGACUUUUCCCACGAUGCUUGUCUGCUCGGCGCUCAUAGGAGUCAGCAACGGACUUAGGCAUUCGCUGCAAGCGCCGCUGCUAGUCAGGGACUUCGGAAUAGAACACCUGCCCGUAAUGAUGGGCGGCUUGUCGUUCUGCAAUGGCGUGGUGCUCUUGACGAGGCCGAUGUUGGUGGGUUACUACCGGGAUCAGCAGGGAUCCUACGACGGCCUCCUUCACAUUGCGGCCAUCGUGAACGCCGCUUUUUGCGUCCUGUGGGCGAUAAGAAUAUUUAGCGAACGGACACGCCACUGGUCCCGAUGCGGGCACUCCAAACAGCGCCAAGAGGAGCUUGGCUUCUCUUGAGCGGCUCCGCGGAAGAGAGCGCUGGUUUAAACAGCUUGCUUCGACGAUUGUGCACUUCCAGUCAAGAGGAGAAUCGACCCCGACCGCUCGAGAUUGCGAGACGCGCAGUGCAGUGCCUACGGAAGAGUAUGUGUACUUCUUAUCCUCGUGACGCCUUCGAACGUGAGGUGCUCGGGGUAUCGGGAGACAAACACUGCAGGAAAGGGGUGGUGCGUGCCAGCGCAAGAGACCUGCCGCGUUGGGUGGGGCCGGUGACGCCAGCAUCUGUGUGGUUGAGAGUGAGCUGCAGUCGGUCACCUUUUGGAACCAUGUAUGUAUGUUUUCUAGCAGCUCAGCGCAGAAACUUGAGACAAAAACUGACGGAAGCCGAGAAAGCUGUGCGUGCCUCUUCUUCUAGCUGUCCCAUUUAUUCCAAGUUUCGGCACUUGGCACUUGCAAAGAUGUAGUAGCAACAAGGCCAGUGCUAAACACUAGCAAAAUGCAUAUAUGGUAUGACGCGCUUUGGCCAACACAAAUAGAAGACUUAGUAGGUGCAACUUGACUUGUUUUACUCGAAGGUUUCGUCAGUGCUCGUUUGAUAUAUUGGUCACCCCUCAAUUCACUUUAUUUCCUUAAAGUGGUUGUUAUACAAGAGGUGUUACAUAAAAGUUGGGUAUACAGCAUAAAGGUGGCACCACUGUUUUCAAAUCGAGCAAAAAAACGUGUUACAUCUCGAAGAAAUUGUGAUGAGAACGUGAUGGCCACGACUUGACGACGAAGGACAUUCUAGUCUUUCGAUGUUCGGCAGAAAUCGAGGCUUAAAAUGUGCUCGUGCGCGAACGUGGGUUUAGCCACCUGCAGUUAGCUACCUGAAGUUAAGGUAUUCUUGAAGAUGACCAGUGAGUUGUGAUCGACGGGACAGAAGAACAGUGUGUGGUGGGCAGCGAAUAGAUUAAGUUAUGGAACGGGGACUAUGUGAGAAUGUGGCGAUGACAUGAUAAGAGUGGUAAGGUGUUAUUGUUUUAGUUUUAUUGCGGGUAUGUUAAUUCUUUUUUUUCCAUGUCUCCAUGUGAAAAGGAGUAGCCAGCGCCAAUUAAAGGCCACAACAUCUGCUAAAUUCCAUGUAAUAAAAAAAGGCUGAUUCUUAUUCCUCGAAUGAUACACUGGAUGAAUGUAUCUAUCUAGGCGCAGAAUACUUUGGCACUGUUUAUUCUUUUGUUGUGCGCGAAUAUAUUUUUUCUCAGAACUCUCAAGGUGCUUCAAAAAGAAAUAUUUUUUUUAAGGAAAAGAAAAUAAUUGCCGGAAAACCUGCUCCUUACGGAUAUGUUAGGUAAAUGGGAGAGGAAGGACUGAGUAUGCAUUACUUAUGAUUAUGGGCCUUUACGACGACGGACGUGGCAAUCCCCAAACUGGAGACCAAAGGAGGCAAAAAGAAUUCAGCUUGCUGUCAAUUCAGGCAAGAUAUCCGAAAAAAGACGGAGGUAUGGGUAAGGGUGUUAAGGAAUUGCUAGCAGAAACUCACCAAUAUGCAGGAUAUUGCCAGGAUAUCAUCUCUCUUCUACGCGCUGUUUUGCCUGGUAAAGUUAGUAGUCCGGCAACGUCUUAUGCGGUCAAGGAGAAAUGUGGAUAAAAUAGGCUAGAAGAAGGCAAAUGAAGAGGCUGGACGGAACGCUGGGGGCAGAAAGAAAUGCUUUAAAUGAGCAAAGGUUUGAAUGGACCUUGAAAUGCGGCAUAAUUGCAGAUGAAAGGAUGUUCGCAGGAAGAAAUGAACGUGUAAAUAACGGCAUGUUAAAGAUGGGAAAUGUUGGGUGUCAGAUACCUGAGCAGGUGUAUAAAACCGCAACCAGAAUAUGAAACGGGAAAAUAUCCGAAAACAAAGUUAUGAAAUAAAAUAAAAUAAGAGAAAAUAAAAUAAAAAGCGGCAUUUCUGCACCAACUGCAAUUUAAAAGGAAAUGACUCAGGAACUGAACCGAAAAAAGCGUUUUUUUGCCUCACGUGGAACACCUUCUCUGGAGCUUUUGAUCCUCACGUUGCCAGCACUCGUGGCUCAAGCACUUGUACAUGUAUGCUACCUCGUAUGUAAAUCAACACGGGCUUGCUCUCAUCUUAUACGCGCUGGCACCGUUAUAGUGGUUGUCAACGUGGUUGUCGGAAAACAGCCAUCUUAGUAAUACACUCGUGAGUGUCUGUAAUUGGCGGUCGUCAAAUAGCUCUGCGAUCGUAGGAGACCAGCAUAACCACUGCAAUGACGAAGCACUUAAUAGCUAGGCCGCUGCUUUUGGUCACACUGGUACGUAAAGUGUAGUAGAUGAGAUAGAAAUCACAUAUUGCUUCUGAGGCAUGCUUCUACAAUAUAAACCACGCGUGUACCUAAUUAUUAUUAUUAUUUUCAGUCUUUCCGUGCAUCCCAGGAGCACUGUCCUUUUUUUUUACCACGGAAAUUAGGGCUGUCUUCCUGCAGUUAAUCAUAGGUUAUGCAAACGAACAUACGCAGUUUCAAACUAGCUUGAGCAGUCACAAUUUCCUUUAUUUUUGCUUUGGAGUUGAAUCGGAUGUUAACAGAACAGCUUUCACCAAACCAAAACGUGAGCCAGAACAACCGAAAAACAGUUUCGGUUCGACACUUUGACCACAACAUCGUUGUCUGUUUGCAUUCGCCCUUUCACGGCCUACGGUUGAGGUUUCGGUAUGACCAGGGCUACCUCUCGAUUUCUUCGAGAACAGAAAAUGCCAAUACUGACAAUGGCAGACCACCUAUGUUCACGAUAAAAGUCCAAGAGGUAAUAGACAAUCCUGGAAUGUCGGCCUAUCGCUGGUCGUCACACCAAAAGUCGGUCACGGCCUUCUCGAAGUUUCUACGUUCCUGUGACGUAUAUUAGAGAUACAUCGAUAUGCCUGGUGUGCCCCUUCCCCCCCGCCCCGUUCUUUCGCCCACACACACCUUUUUUUUUGCGCGCUAGAAUUCUUUUUGCGCUAUUCGUUCCAUCUUUCAUUUCCCCUUACCUUUACAUUGAUAUAAGGCAGCAAACGUGAAGCUCUUCCGGUUAAUCUCCCUGCAUUUCCCGUAUCACUUCUCUCUCUUUCACUCUCCAUGUUCUCUGCAUAUCAAACAUUUGUUCGGCCGCAACUCGAGUACGCAUCACCCAUUUGGUCACCUCAUCAGGCUUAUUUAAUUAGUUCCCUCGAAUUGGUUUAAAAUCGUGCCGCACGUUUAAUUUCCAACAACUACAACCGCCACUCAAGCGUAACAAACAUUAAAUCAUCGCUCUCCCUUUCUAGAUUGCAAUCAAGGAGAAUAGUCGCCCUAAUCUGUCUAUUCCACAAGAUAGUCUAUAGCGUCAAUCAUUCAACGCUGCCUCUUGCACAACCUUACCGCACCUCACGUCGUUUAAACAACCCUCUAAGCUUCCAACGCAUUUCUGGUAGAACCGUUGCAUUUAAUUCAUCGGCUUUGCCGCAGGCUAUCAUUCACUGGAAUGGUCUUCCUGAGCACAUCGUGAAGAUCCGUGAUCCAGCUAGUUUUAGGGCCGAAGUAACGGCCAUUUUUUCUAAAUACUAAUGCGUUAUUAACAAUUGUGUAAUGUUGUGUUUACUUUUCAGUGAUGGGUACUGACAGUCAAUAAGCAUUGUUUUGCAUAGUCAUUUUACUCAUGCUCCUGACAUUACCCUAUCUAUGUAAUCCCCCCCCCCCCCCCCUCACACAGUGUUCCGAUGCUGGAGCCUGUGAGGCAACAUGAAUACAUAAAUAA